ACCCUGUUUGCCGCAGCUGACAGAGACACCCAGUGGCUGGCGCCUGUGCUGGUCCAGCGCCAUGUGCGCCUUUUGAACACCGGCUGGGAGGCCCAGAUCUUCACUCUCUUAGAGGUGAACUUAAACAAACUCAUCAUUCAGGCGGAGGAGACGCUCCUGCUGAAGCUCAUUCAAUUUGGCCGAAAUUUCUACAGUGGCUUACAACCCCUGCAGACCAACUUCGAGGACGCCAGGUACCUGGAUCUCAUCGCAACAAGGCCCUCCCUAUUCACGGGCGAAGUCGAGGGCACAUAUGCGAGGUAUUACAUGUGGCAGUCGCAGCGGUUUUAGCCACUUGAUCGCCACCAUUUCCUGGAGUGCGGCCCCUACCUACUCGAUCAGCUACUCAUGCACUACCAGUUGCAACUUCGCGCGCAAGCACUAAAGAUUUUUGGUUCGGUGGACUUUCUUGGCAACCCUCUGGGUUUCAUUAAUGACUUAUCGGCAGGCAUUUCGGGCCUUGUUGAAAUGGACGUCGGCGGCCUCGUGCGGAAUGUCUUCCACGGCGUUGGCGACAGUACUGCUAAGGUGGUUGGCAGUAUGUCGCAACUGGUGCAUGCCAUCUCCCUGGAUGAGCGACACCAGCGUCAACGCUCUGCCAUUCUGGACUCCCAGGACGACAAUAUCUCUCAGCUCAGAGAGGGCGGCGAUGUAUCAGAGGGUAUGCACCAGACCAACAGCCAUGCAAGUGGUCUCUCCGAGGUCUUUGAAGACUACGAGCUUAUCGAUACUGUGCCUUCCAUGACCACCAACGCGGACGAUGGGCGGCAGAUCACCGCACCCCUGGCUGCUGGGUUUCGCGGUUUUGUGCACGGUGUGUUUGGAGGUGUGACCUCUAUGGUCACUCAACCCUACCACGGAGUACGAGAGGACAAUUUCAAGUCAUACUUUGGCUGGAGUGGCUAG